AUGCUUCGUGAAGGUAACAUUGGCGUUGCCAAGCCUGCUCUUGAGAAGAAUGGGUUUGCUCUCCCCAAGUACUCUAAUUUUGCCCAGGUCGCUUAUGUCCUCCAAGUAAUUGUUGAUGCGAAAAAGUGGUUCGGUACUUUUGGGCUCAACUUAGUGAUGUCUGGGCCUUCUGAAUGCUCUGAGCCUCGAUGGAGCGUGAUCCUGUAA